AUGGCACAAUAUUCCAGCGUACCUGCUGCUCCUUAUGCCCCAACGGACUACAUCUCCCCAACGCAGGACGUCGACUUGGGGGAUAGCAAAACCCCACACACCUCAACCGCGACGGGUUAUUUCACAUCUCCAGACCCUUCCGGCCGCAAGCGACAAGAGCGUGCUGGUGGUCAUCAGAAGAGGCUUGCAUACAAGAAGACUUAUAUUUUUGCGAACUUUUGGGUGUAUGAGGUCGCAGCAUGCGUAGUCGCGGUUGUGCUUCAUCUCGUCACUAUUCUUCUCCUUCAUCACUACAACAACACCAACGUCCAGUUGUAUCAUAAUCAUUGGAGUCUGAACUCCGAGGUCGCCAUACUGGUCACGAUCACCAAAGCAGCUUCCCUCAUACCCAUAGCCGCCUGCAUUGGUCAGUUGAAAUGGCACCGCUUCUGGAACUACCAAAAGUUGUCGGAAAUGGAGGCCUUCGACGAAGCCAGUAGGGGUACUAUAGGCUCAGCGCGUCUUCUGGUUUAUCUCAACUUCUGGCAUUUUGCUUCUUUUGGAGCUCUCGUCACGGUCUCUGCUUUAGUCAUGGACACGCUCGCACAGAACGUAAUUAACAUUGAGCCACGACUCCAACCAGUCAAAAAUAACGCCACCAUUCCGCGAAACGUAGUCUAUGACUCAGUGUUCACAUAUAAUACAAACGGUACAUCGUCGUUCCCAGCGGCUGAUAUGAUCGGAGCUAUGAACUUUGGCCUUUCCUACACCUCGAGCGACCUGCCCUAUUUGCCCCCACUUCCUUUCAGUUGCUUCUCGAGCAACUGUACAUAUGCACCGUACCAGUCUUUGGAAGUCGAUGGAGAUUGCAGGGACAUAUCUUCUGUGCUAGACACAAGCGACGAUGCAUAUCUUAAGUUACCGGAGGGUCUUAUGCUCAUCAAGAACGGUGGAAUUCUCAACACUUCCGCAACGGCCCUGUAUUCAUCAAACGAGUUUUUCGAUUGGAAGAAUAUGGGUCAAUUGAUCCUCAACUACCAAGCUAUAUACGUCGACGCGUAUAACGAUUACAAACCAUCGGCAGUACAGUGUGUCCUGGUCUGGGCGGUUACCACAUAUAGUACAACAAACGUUACAAGAGGGGAACUUUGGGCGACACCGGAUCUCACAACGUUCAAGAAUACUUCUGCGGAAGCAAGGACCGCCUACGGCCAGACGAACGACAUCUACAUUCGGCCGGAACCCUGUUACGUGAAUGGAACAAAGCUCGACAGUUCCACCGACCCGAACUGCCUGUAUCAGGUCGAUGCAAAGGCGCAAUUCGCUCUCCAGAAGUGGUUAAUCCACAGCUCGGAAGGAAUCGUUGGUUCUUUAUUUAACGUAACGGACAGCUAUGGCAACAACACGCAUUUCCAAACAUUCUUCGUCAACAGCCAAUACCAAGCGCUCAUACGGUAUGCCUCCCAAUUGGCCCCUGCUGAGACGUUCCUUGCGACUGGCGCGUACCUCGCUGGUAUGAUGAAUCGGGCCAUGGCGCUAAGAGUCCCUGCCGGUUUUGCUGAUGGUGAUGGACGUCUUUCUGGACACGGCACGGUCUUCGAGUUGCAGAGCUUCUUCAAAAUGCGCUACGCCUAUUUGUCUCUCAACCAUUUUGUUGUCGCCGGAUGUGUCGUGUUCCUGGUCAUGACAGUAUGGAUGUGUCGGAGGGACGAAGUAUUGAAAACGUCAGUUCUGCCCUUCUUGUACCACGGACUACCAGUUCACGAUCGCCAAAUGCUGGAUGAGAACCCGAGGCAAGCCGACAUGAAGUAUUCGGCAGAAGAGACGAUAGUGAAAUUUGGCAUGACGCCGGAAGGGAAGCGGCUGGGGACCCAGGAGACUUUUGGGCCUGGAGCAUAGUCUGAGGUCCAGCACACACGUUAUGCUUUUUAUUGGGUAUACAUUGAUUGAUACUUAGCAUGGUGUUCAUUUUGGAUCUGAUAUUUGGUAGAAUAUGCGUUUUGACAAUGCGUAAUUUGAUUAUUUUCCCCCUUUCCUUAAAUCAUCUCAUCCACGUGUAUCAUCUUCAGCCAUCUCCUUCCAGUGCAUCUCCUACUACGUUCUAAUGACUCAUAACUAUCUACCUGGCUAUCGCAAAUAUCACAUGUCUCAUGUGCUUCUUCCCGGUCUUAGAGCUAUUUUGAUCUACCGACAGCUCCCUAUGUCUUAGAAGAUCUUGCACCUGGUUAAGCUUCAACAGGAAGAUUGGAUAGAGAUUGGUCACGUGGGCUCCCCUUGGGUCGGUCUGGCUUAGUAGCUAUACAUCGUUUACGCACAAUAUAGCCAGGC